AUGAUGGAAAAAAAUUCAUAAAAAAUAUUUAAAAUUUUAAUUUUAUAAAAUAUAAAAACUGGUAUAUAAAACUCCCUUUUUGUAAAUUUGUAUGUUAGGAAUAAAAUUGGUGAUGAAGGUGCAUCAGGCUUAGGUUCUGGUUUAGCAAAUUGCAUUAAUCUCUCAAAUUUGACACUUAACCUUUAUUACAAUUAAAUUGGUGAUAAAGGUGCAUCAGGCUUAGGUUCUGGUUUAGCAAAUUGCAUUAAUCUCUCAAAUUUGACACUUAACCUUUUUUACAAUUAAAUUGGUGCAAUGGGUGCAUCAGGCUUAGGUUCUGGUUUAGCAAAUUGCAUUAAUCUCUCAAAUUUGACACUUUACCUUCAAAGGAAUGAAAUUGGUGAUGAAGGUGCAUCAGGCUUAGGUUCUGGUUUAGCAAAUUGCAUUAAUCUCUCAAAUUUGGACACUUAACCUUGA